CCAUAUACGUAUACGAAUAGAAAUAGAAAUAUGAUGGUAAGUAAAUAAGCAAAUCUUUAUCGAAAAGGAGAGCGAAAAAUACGGAUAAAAGUUAUUUCAUAGUAUACGGAUACGGAUGUUUAAAGAGUUAUCUCUCUCAAAACUCUUAAUAUUCCACUCUCCAAAAACCUAAUUUGCAAAAUCAGUAGCAGCGUCAAUGGAGAGCGUCGUAUCUGCUGUGGAUCAGCAGAGCUUGGUUUCCUCCUUUUUGGAGAUCGCCGUCGGCCAAACCGCUGACACUGCCCGCCAGUUCCUCCAGGCUACUAGCUGGAAGCUUGAGGAAGCUAUUCAACUUUAUUUCAUUGGCAAUGAAGGCAGGGCAGGCCAACCUCCUCAGUAUUUUCCACCACUGGGAAAUGAUUUGCCCCUACAUGAUUUAGAAAAGGAUUUGGGUGGUCCAGAUGAUAGACAAGAUGACACAGAUGGUGUGCGGGCACCUUUACCAGUUAAAAGAGAUGUUCUUUAUGAUAGUCCGAUGCUUUAUGGAACACUAAGAACGGGAGGUUCAUCACAAGGAACUCAUUCUGUAGUUCCAUUCCGCAAUUUUCAGGAGGAAAUGAAGCGACCUGGAGUCUGGGAAGCAGAACAAGGUUCAUCUUCUUCUGUUCCAGAUAAAAUUCAGGAUAAUCUUGCCUCUUUAUAUCGUCCUCCAUUUGCUAUAAUGUACCAUGGCCCCUUUGAAAAGGCUAAAGAUAAUGCAAGAGUUCAGAACAAAUGGCUCCUUAUCAACAUGCAGUCCACCAAGGAAUUUAGCUCGCAUAUGCUUAACCGUGACACUUGGGCAAAUGAAGCUGUUGCUCAGACUAUCAAAACAAACUUCGUCUUCUGGCAGGUAUACGACGAUACAGAAGAGGGGAGCAAAGUUUGUACUUACUACAAAUUAGACUCUAUUCCAGUCAUCAUGGUCAUUGAUCCCAUAACGGGUCAGAAAAUGCGCUCUUGGCGUGGAAUGGUUCAACCACAAAACUUGUUGGAGGAUCUGUUACAAUUUAUGGAUGGCAGCCCCUCAGAUCUUCAUGUCAGUCACUCUCAUAAACGACCCAGAGAAAGCUCAAAGUCUCCUAUUCCAAAUCCCCAACCUACUACAGCUGCAGAUAACAAUAAUGAGAAUGAUGAAGACCUGCAGAGAGCGCUGGCUAUCUCUAUGGAUAAUCAGAAGGAGAUUGAUACAGGUGACCUCAACAAAGUGGAUGAUGCCACUGUUGAGGUGCAAGUGAAGACGCCAACUUAUUUACCUUUGCCUGAAGAACCCAAAGGUGACAGGAAUCUGCUUUGCAAGGUUGGAGUGCGUCUACCUGAUGGGCGCAGAAUCCAGAGGAACUUCCUUCGUACCGAUCCAGUUCAGCUGCUAUGGUCAUUCUGCUCCUUUGAGCUGAAGGAAGAUGGUAAUCGGCCAUUUCGCUUGAGCCAAGCUAUUCCCGGUGCAUCAAGGACAUUGGACUUCGAUGUGAAUUCAACAUUUGAGGAAUCAGGCCUUGCCAACUCAAUGAUUUCGGUUACAUGGGAAUGAAAGACCAGCCCGACAAGAUACAUACUGCCCGAAUCCUGCGUUGAAGAGUUUUUAUUUCGAAAGCUUGACUAUUUAUGUCCCUUUCAUUUUGUUGUUUUUUUGAAGAAGGGGAGAUGGGUGGAAGUAAAUCAGCCAAAAGCUACUCAUGCAGCUCUCUUGUAUAUAUUGCAUGAAGCCUACAGUUUUAGCUCUAAACUGUUUCUUGCCUUUUAGUUUGGAGAAGGAACUCACUUUGAAUCUGUAAAUCUCUCGACUUUUCGGCGGUAGCCUUUUCUUUCCAUUUUAUCUGAUUUCGCUUUUUUUACUUUUCA